AUGACAGAAGAACCGAAAGAAAAUAUCACUUUAAAAUCAUUAAGUGAAGAAGAAUCGAAGGAUCAGCCAGAAAUCACGGAGGAAAGUUCAAAUGUAUCCAGUAAAAGUGUAUUCGCAAGGUGGUUGAAACCGACGAGUGUUAGUGAAAUGAAAUUCGUGUCCAAAGACGUUUUAUUGAUACGCGUUGGAAAAACGUUAAUAUUUUAUGAUGGGAAUACGCAAAAAGAAGAUAUCCUAAUAGUAGGCAGUAAAUCGACCCCGGGGGGUGGUGGUGAUGAUGAUCUACAUUUAGAAGGUAUUGGGUGCGUCGAUUGCUGUGAUACAGAUUUACUGGCUUUGGCUGAACACCCACCAAUAUCCAAGGUGGUAAUUUGUUUAUAUCCUGACCUGAAAGUGUUGGCGACUCUUGUUGAUAGUAGCUGCUCUGUACCAUACAAGUCUAUACUGUUUCUGAGGUUGGAAUAUUUAAUCGGCUUGCGUGAUUACCCGGCAUUCGAUUUGAUCGUGUGGGCGUGGAGAAUUGGAGAAAAACUGUUGGUCGUCGACACCGGAUUCAUUCAGCCGAACCAAUAUCUAAAGUAA